AUGGAAACUAUAAGGAAUCAGGAUUCAAGAAUCACUUUAAAAGUGUCCCUUUACAAGAAUAUCAAUAACGAUUCGAUCUUAAUUUAUAAAUGCGUGAAGAUGAAACCAAAGAUAUUUGAGACAUCUUAUUCAAAGUUCAUCUGGUCUAAGCAACAUGGAGAGAAAUAUUUUCUAGGAAAGCCGCAUCAUUAUGCAUAA